AUGUCAAAGAGAGCCACCACCAAGUGCAAUCUUUCUCUGAAUCUGGGCCUUUUGGUGCUGCUGAAUUUUCUGGGGACCGCGAUGCUAGACGGGACAGACUCUCUAAGUUGUAUCUUCACUGUUAAGUACAGAUCCUCACCUGGACAGUGCUCAGUGAAUGGAAAGCCUCUCCUUUGUUUUGAUGAUGAAAGACAGAACUCACCUGUGGGUAAACCUGAAAAGAAGGGAAAUGCCACUAAGGUGUGUGCUGAUUUGAGCCAAAGCCUGAAAGACAUUUUUCAGAAGAUGACGAACCUGGAGUCAGGGCUCUUUGAUCUGUCCAAGGGUAAUCACACCUUGCAGGUCACUGUACAAUCUCAAUAUAAUCAAGGAGAAUUCAUGGAUGGAUGCUGGGCCUUCAUGAUUGAUAGACAGUAUCCCUUCUACUUUUAUCCAAAAGACCUGACCUGGAGAGAGAGUCAUCCUGAUGCCAGCAGGACCAUGAGUCAAUGGCAGAAUAACAGGGAAGUAGCCCAGAGUCUCAGGACGUGCUCCAUGGGGGAUUUCAGCCAGUGCCUCAGGAAAUUGUUGACAGACUCCAGAGAAGUGCCAAGAUCAACAAUAACGACCUUGGAUCCCACCCAGCCUUCAUCUGCCACCCAGAUUCCACCCACAGUGGACAGUGCCUCAUCUGUGUUUACCACCUGGAGUCAAUAUAUAUUUGUAUUGAUUCUAUGUUUAGCAAUAUUAAUCAUCAAUGCAUUGAUGCCUUAG